CAAACUGUUCCGGCGACGCAUCCAUUAAUGUCCAUUAGUAAUUUACAGUCCGACUCUCUAGUUACUCUCAAUGAGGACUUGAACAACCAUUCUGAAUCUGAUAAACCUACGACAACUUCAUUUACUCCCGUUACUACCGCAGCCAAUCUGACAAAGCCAAGACUAGUGAUAGAUGGCGCAACCAUUGUAACCAUGCCAUCUCUAUCUAUCGCACCCAUCUCUUCUGCCGUACGCUUCUCCACAGCCAUACUACCGACAAAGACUUUUAACCUGAAAGAUGUGAUGCUUAAUUGUGUUGCGAAUGAAGCUCCUAAACCUAGACGUAGAAGCAGAGAUACUAAGCCUGACUAUGCUGAUGGCUUGGAAGUGCUCAUUCAAAAAACGAAAGCCAUCAAUAUGCACGAAGACUUGUCGAUUUCGGCUCUUGGAGAUGCUGGUGCAAGUUGGUACGAAAGUCUUGCAAGUCGUUCAGGCGAUUCAAAGCUUCCAGUUAUUCGUAAAAUCCGGAAAUUUGUUUGUGGAGAUGCAAGCGAAGCACAUGCACAACAACUGAUUGCAUCGCCUUUAUUAAAUAUGCUGAUGUGGUACUUGGAACCCGACACGCCUGAACCAGAGUUGUUUGAAACCCUCUGGAUUUUGACAAAUAUUGCUGCUGGUCCAACAUCUCAUACAACAAAAAUUGUGGACCUUGGAUUUUUGCCACAUAUAGUGCGUCUUUUAAAGCAUCGGUCUGGCCCUAUCCGAACUCAGGCCGCAUGGACACUAGGGAAUGUUGUUGGUGAUCGCGAGGGCUUUAGAGAUCGCGUUCUUCAAGAAGGCACGCUUCCAGCAAUUCUUACAAUUUGGCAAGGGGAGUUUAAUGAGGAAUUUAGUCGUAAAGAGGCAUUCCGAAUUGCCAUGUGGGUGGUUGAUAAUAUGUGUCGAUACAAACCAGACUGGCACCAGAUGGCUCCAGCGUUUGAAGCACUACCUCAGGUUUUAAAUGAGCGCGAUCCUUACCUUUUAAAAGAAUGUUGUUGGGCAAUUGCUCGAAUUUUGCAUCAAUCUGGACGUCAUCCCGCUAUAGACUGUAUGAUUACCAAGGAGCUUUGUAUUCGUUUAAUUGACAUUCUCCAUUUGAACAAUAUGCUUACAAGUCAUCCUAUUCUUCGGGCUUUAAUUAAUCUUUCAUCCUCUAAAAAUCCAAUCCAUGUUCAGAACAUUGUGGAUGCCGGUCUACUCAAUGAAAUGAGCAGUCUGCUAUCGGACCAUCUGCUUCCUAAAUCAUGUCGAGAUGCCUUGCAAGUUUUUGCCAUGCAAGUAGUGGGAAAUAUUUCCAGUCAGCCAAGCUAUAUCCUCAACAUCUGUCAAACCGAGCUUCUUUUCAUGCGUAUUGUUACUCAUUUACGACAGCGUGAUAAUGCCGAGUUGCGCGUAGAAGCCUGCUAUUGUGUGCGUAAUCUUGUAUUUCACCGUGAUGAAACUGUCACAAAGGCUUUGGUCAAUUUACAAAUUUUACCAGUGCUGCUUGAGUACCUUGAAGCCACUGUGGUGGAUUCAAAAAAUCGCCUGGCAGCUGUGGAAGCCAUUGGUUAUAUUCUUGAAGUUGGUGAUGCUAUUGGCACAAGUAGUUUUCCACUUGCACGGAUCAAAAAUAAGCGGCAAAUUGCCUCAAAAUACAAAGGCGGGUCUGAAACUAGUCGAGAUAGUUUUCCCAUUAAACGAAACUCUGGUUCAUCAUCUUCACCCACCACUCCGACAAGUGAAAAAACCCUUACGGUUGCUAUGGCCAAUUUAUCAAAAUCAACUGCAUCAGGAGGUAAAGUAGCAGCAAAACGAAAUCGACUACGUGGUGAUCUUGGCAACUUGGAAGAUUUAGGAUCCGAUGAUGACAGUCCUAUUACGACCCCACGUAAAUCUCACCGAUACAGUACAAUGCCACGAUUUGCAAUCAACGCCACUGUUGCCAACAACCCUUUUAUGGCAGAGUUGAAUGCCGUUGAUGGAUUUCAGCAGCUUCUUGAUGCUCUUGUGGCAACUUCUGGACGCGAUUUAGACCAAAUGGAUGAAGAUGGGCCUGACAUUGAAGAGAUUGAAUCCGAAGACGACGAAACUGAUCAUGAAGACUCGGAUGCAGAAGCUUCUGAAGCACACACGGUGCACAUUGAUAAAAAAAUUGUAUCGAGGAGAGGCAAGGUAACACCAGUGUUUACAAUCAAGCAGACAACGGCGUCUAGGCUACACACCAUUUUGAUGCGAUGGUUUCCCGAGCAAUUUUACAACAGAAUCGAGCAGGCUCACGAGACAAGUUUGGUCAUGGCGAGUAUGAAUGGGCUAAAUGUGGGUGGAAACGAUGGUGGUACUGCUGUAGGUGGAUUUGAAGGAGCGUUGCUGGAACUAGUUAGAGAUUUUGGUAUGAUGAAGUCGAAUACUGGUGGUGCUAAACAAGAUAUCGACAAGCCGUCUGUUUUCCAAGAUGAUAGCAACCCAUUUCAGGUUCAAAAAGAUUUGACCAAGGAUGUGUCUGAAGCGGCUGCAAUGACUCAUAGUUUUGAACCGGCACGAUUGAGUGGACAGUGUUUUGCGCCUUGA